ACUCGGUAGUAUUUGAACGAUUCUUGAUCCAGACGGUUUAUUGUUCAAAGAUUGUGCGUGUGCUCUUAAAAUGAAGUCAUUCGUCGUACUUGCUUCCUUUCUUCUUCUUGGGGUCGUCGUCGUCGUCGUUUCGGCUGACUCUGAUAUUGCAGUAAAAAAAUAUUUACACGCCGUACCAGAACCUGUAUUGGCCAAAUGCUUGAAGGAAUCCGGUCUCGAAGCUGAUAAGGACAAGUUACUUUCCGAUGAGAGCACUGUAGAUCAAGGAAAAUUCAGCUGUUUAAUUGCCUGUACUCUGAAAGAUAACGGUGCAUUGGUCAACGGUGAGCUCAAAUACGACGUUCUGUCAGAAUUACUUUCUAAGCUGUUAACCAACAAAGAAGACAAACUUCAAGAGAGAUUGGAACUUCUCAAAGCGUGCAUUCCCGAAGGUGCUAAUGCGAAAAAUGAUUGUGAAUACAUUGGAAAGAUUAUGCAGUGCAAGUUGAGCAAGGCUAAAGAAAUGGGUCUUUAAAUGGUGGAAAUACUUAUUUGUGAUUCGACAUCGAACGAAAUAUUGCAUGUCCUGUUUUUAUUCUCUUCCUAGAUAUCAUUUAACCUUUCGUAGUCUCCAAGUUUUCUUGUCUGAAAUAAACAAAUAGUUUUGAUAAUUUGUCCGUAGUUGUUAACUAAUGAAAUUUUUCUUC